AUGACCGAGAAACGCUGCUAUCACAACCAAGAACCGACGGAGCCAGAGCCCUCCCAAAGCUUGAUUCAGAUUCCAAGUCUUAUUUCCACUUCAUCUGGCAUAUCGGGGUUCUCGAAAAGAGGCUCAGUGGCUCGAGAUAGAUCCGCAUCUCCAGCCAGUGGACAACGAAGGGACCAUGCACUUCAAAAAUCCCGAAAUCAUGAAACCGAUAGCUCUUCCAUCACUGAGGCAGGUCAGAAUGCAGACUAUGGAUCCGAAUCGCGCCAAUUUGCAUGCGACUCAAAUCCAAUGGCGACGUUUAUGGAAAAUGACGGAUCACGGUUACAGAAUGGCCAGAGCCAAAAAGGCGAUGUAGGAGCAUGGUUGAGCCCAGGAGAAAACUACCUUGACUUAGCAGAAGCGCCUAACCCAAGGCUACUAUCACGGGCACUAUAUCCGCAAUCAACGAGUGUCGACAUCCCUCUGCUGCCACCAAAACAGAGCCAAGAAGCUUUGGUAGACGUCUAUUUCCGCCGAAUACACCCCAUACUGCCUCUUCUAGACGAACAGACGGUGCGAGUCAAUUUCAAGGAGGGCUGCUUGCAUGCUCAACUUCUCCAAACCAUAUGCCUUGUCGCAGCUAAAGACAGGACAACAGCUUCUGUUUUAUGCCUCGGCCAAAGUUCAAAAGUGCUCCAAUUGGAGAGGUUCAGCAGUAUACUCUACUCUGAUAUCAUGCAAAACAUGCCAAGGACACCCAGAGAGAAGAUAAUCUACAUCCAAAUCUUGGCCCUUUUGUCGCUCCACGAAUGGGGCCCUACUGGAUCCGAGGAUCGCUCUUUGAAUUUGGCUCAGGCCAUCCAUCAUGCGCAUACCAUCGGGCUACACUUGAUGCGAAUAGACCAACAGCCUAUUGCUUCACUUAAAGCACUUUUUUGGUGUUUGUGGAGUCUAGAUAAAUGGAACGCUGCUAUGAGUGGAAGACCGAUCAUGAUUCACGACCGCGACAUGAACCAGGGGGUGGAUGACGUUAUAUCAUCGUUCCCAGCCUCAUUCCGACUCUGGCUUGACAUCGCGGAGAAGCUAGGCAGGGUGAUUCUGUUUUAUCGGCCGAUCGUCAAUGGCGCCGAUCACGAGGAGCUUGAUCUUCCCUCCUUUGAGGAAAUUGUUGAGGACUGCGGUGCGUGGGAUAUUCCAUCGGAGCUGCUUGAGUCGAGCGAGCUCCUUUAUCACGCGGUCAUUAUUCUCUCGACACAUUCCAAUGGCCUUCAAGGGCGGUCACGGCCAAGAGCUUCAAGUAUUCGACAAACUCAUUCAAUCUUCUCCAUCGCGUCUCUGAUCCACAAGCGGGACUUCAAAUGUUUACCGCCGUUGCCAAUGCUCGGUUACACUAUAUCCCUCGCUUUCUCGGUUACUUACAAACAACUAAGAGAAAGCCAAUUGGCCAGCACCCGCCAGACAGCUAUUAAGCAAAUGCGCGAAUUUCAUCAAUGUCUGAUUCAGUCAUUUUCUAUAUGGUGGUCUACUGCUGUAAUGGCUAGACUAGGAACUCAUGUGCUGGACAGAAUCCAGGCCUCCAUAGAGCUUCAAGGUUCCACAGCGCCGGUGAAUGAUGCUCUUCGACCGAACUCUAGACAGAAAGCGGGAGAUCAGCGCUCACAAAAUCUUGGAGAAACUGAAAUUCUGGGGUCACACCCCAGCGUCGACUGUAUGCAAGGGUUAGGACGGACAGAGACUGGGAUAGAGAGGGUAGGGCCUCUUUAUAUUCAACCCCGAUCAGAUGACCUUUCCGAUUUGGACAUCUCAGUCGCAAAUCCAUUUUUAGGAGCUUCUGGCAUCGAAGAUUUCGACAUUUUCUUCAAUAAUUUCCCUGAUGUCAACUUUCCCAGCGGCAAUGACCAACUGCUACUGGAUAUGGAUAUGGAUAUGUCGGGGUUCGAAUUUGAGUAA